AUUCAGAAACAUGUUACGCAUAUAAUGUGUAGUGGAGCAAGUUAGAUGACAGUAACUAAUGAGGCGGUCCUGCGUUAAUUACGAUGAGGCCGGACUUUCGAUUGGUGGUCCAACAGGAAAUGCCUCUGGCAGCGCCUGAGAAGCCUGAAUGGCACGAACACACCACGGAGGAUUCUUCGAUGUCUGGACUGGUUGGAUCUCUGCGAGGCUUGGAGGACAAUUCCGGGAAUACAACGCAGCCUUAUCGCAGGAACAGCCUUGCUUUAUCAUUACAUUCCAAUUUAGCUGCUUUUCCGGCAGCUAAUAAUCAUGAAGUCUCGUCUUUCCAUGUGGUCGACUCAGCAAGGAGGAGAUUCAGCAACGUCAGCGAUGUUGUUUCCAGGAAGAUAUCUCAUACAAUACGCUGGAGGACUGUUUCAGCUUCUGUUGAGCUUACGGUUUCUCAGGGAUCUUCAUUAUGCGCUCAAUACAUUCGAAACCGAUUGAAACGAUCAGGAAUCUUCCAUCGAAAACUUGGACUAAAAAGAAUGAGAAGUGUUAUGUUGCUUCCUGGUGGAGCAGUUGUUGGAGAAGUAUAUCCAGAGUUAGUAUCAAUUGGAGCUGAGCUUGAAAAAAUGCAUCCAAAUUUAUUCAACCGUGUAGCACGACAGAUCGGUUGUGGUAGCUUCUCCACUGAACAAUCUGCUUGUGAGGCUAUCGUCGAUGUCUCCAGGGAAAUGAUCAGGAAUGGAGAGAUGAAUUGGAGUAAAGUAAUAGCCCUUUAUGCGGUUGCUGGUGGCAUUGCUGUAGAUUGUGUACGCCAGGGAAAACCUGAAUUCCUACCUGCCAUACAAAGAGGCAUGACAGAUGUUCUGGAAGAGGACCUUGCUGUAUGGAUACAGGCCAAUGGAGGAUGGUCUGCUUUAACAACACGGUACAGACCGCCGACAAAAGAGACUAUAUGGUAUUCACGGAAACUCGGAUUGUUAUUUAUAAUUACCAUUUUAAUAAUUAUCAUGAUCUCCAUAUCUUUAAAACUAUUAGUUUUAUAAUACGUAUUAAAUAUAAAUAUAUUAAACCAACUU